AUGUCGGGACUCGACAGCUACACUGCCGGCAUGACCGAGGUGCCCGAGAACCUCUUCCACACGGUCCUCACCGUCGUGGAUCUGCACAACGACCCCUCGGGCGGCACGCGCUCCUACUACGUGCUGGGCACCCACGGCACGCUCGAGGCCGCCAAGGUCUACAGCACCGUCGCCCUGCAGGAGCUCGGCUUCCACCGCGAUGACUUUGACGACUAUGCCGCGCGUCCGGCCCCCGGUGCCGGUGCUGCCGCCUCCGCCUCCACUGCCGCCGCGGUAGAGCAGGCCGUCACGGCAGAGGCCUGGCCGCACGGCGAGGGUGUGCUGCUCUUCGCGCGCGCCCCCGCCGGACACGAGUUCACGAUACGCAUCGACACGACGCCCAACAACGAGUCCCUGCGCGCCAGAGCCGGCAGCACCGGCAGCGGCGGCGGCGCGCUGCUCCUCCCGGACGGGGCGCGCUUCCUGCACUACGUCCUGCAGACGACGGUCGACUACAACGUGGACCGCACGGGCGCCGCGCAGACGGCCGAGAUCGAGGGCGCCUACGUCCACCGCGCCGACGCCUGGACCGCCGCCCACAGGUGCCUCGACAGGGACGACUAUGCCGAGUACGACUCCCGCGGGGAUGCCGAGUUCCUCGGCGAGUGGCCCUAUGGCGAGGACGUCGUCGUGCAUGCCGUUGCCGACACGGGCCAGAACUUUCAAGUCGCUGUAAAGACGCCGCCCCAUGGGGAUGAGAAGCGCCGCGCCGAGCUGAAAAAGACUGUCAAGCGGCAUAAAGCCGAGGAGGCAAAAGCCCGGGUGGGAAGGGAUAUGACCGACUAA